AUGCUCUUCACCAUGUCCAAGCUCAGCGGCCACGGCGGCACCAGGCUCGGGUGGGCGCUGGUCAAGGACAGCGAUGUGGCCAAGAAGAUGGUCUACUUCGUGUAUGGGAGCACCAUCGGCGUGUCCAAGGACUCGCAGCUCCGUGCCGCAAAGAUCCUCGGCGUCGUCUCCGACGCCUACGAACCUGGCCCCGGGGACGGCACGCAGCUCCGCCUCUUCGACUUUGCGCGACGCCGGACGGGGGAGCGCUGGCGGGCCCUGCACGCCGCCGUGGCGGCAACGGGCACCUUCAGCCUCCCAGAUGAGAUCACGGGCUACUGCAACUUCACCAAGCAAACCGUGGCAGCGUACCCCGCCUUCGCGUGGCUGCGCUGUUACAAGGAUGGCGUGGAGGACUGCGCCGAGUUCCUGCGCGGGCACGGCAUCGUGGCGCGGGGCGGGGAGCAGUUCGGAGGAGACGCCAGGUGCGUCAGGGUCAACAUGAUGGACAGGGACGCUGUGUUCAACGUGCUCAUACAGCGUCUCUCCUCCAUAACAUGA